AUUAAUUUUUUUGAGAGGCAGGGACAGCAGCCUGAGCCGAGGGGAGGAGGCUGCAGGAGUCCUGUUCUCUGUGGAUUGGGAGGUUCUCCUGCCAUGGCCAGUUACCAGGAAGGUGAGCCUCCCUCUCCUGGGGAGAACUCAGGGGAUGAAAGUCAAGGGGAUGAGGCAAUCAGGAUCCUUGAAAAAAUGAAGCAGAAUCAGAGACGUGCAGCAGCGGAGCUGGUCAGCACAGAGGCCAAGUAUGUGCACAAUCUCCGGCUCUGUGCCUCUGACAUCCGGAGCCAGUUACGUGAGCUGCCAGAGGAAGACUUGGACGUGAUAUUCUCAAACAUUAAUGAUAUUAUCAAGGUCAAUAGCCGUUUCCUCAAAGGCCUAGAAGAAGCAAACUCUGAAGAGGAACAGCUAUUCUUACUUGGUAAUCUGUUCCUUGAAUUCCAAGAGGAGAUGGAGAGCACCUAUAAGGUCUACUGUGCCAGCUAUAAUCAGGCCAUGGCCAUGGUAGAUUCGUAUAAGAAGGUACCCACGCUACAGAAGGCAAUUCAAGAUGUCAUCACUGCAGUGGUGCCACAGGCUGGAGCCUCAGGUCUCACUUUCUUGCUGGUGAUGCCUGUGCAGCGGGUGACCAGAUACCCUCUCCUGCUGCAGAAGAUCCUGGAGAACACGCCACCUGAUGACCACGCCUACGAGGCCUUGCAGAGGGCUACCAGAGCCAUGCAAGAGGUCAAUUCCAACAUCAAUGAGUACAAGAGGCGUAAGGAAAUUGUCACUAAAUACAGCAAGUUGGAGCAUCUGACGGUCAGGGAGAGGUUGGCCCGGAUUAAUACACACUCUAUCUCCAAGAAGACUCUGCGUCUAAGUCAGUUGUUCAAGCAAGAAGCUGGGAUUGUGACCAGGACUGAAGACAGGGAGUUCGAUGACUUAGAAGAGAAGUUCCACUGGGUGGCAUUGUGUGUGAAUGAACUAAAGAGCAAUGUGGCCUCAUACCUGGAGAAUUUGGAGACUUUCCUCAGGAUCAAACCACAUGAAUGUGAUCUGGAGAUGGAAGGCGGAGCUGUGCAGCAAUAUUGCUGCCUUACAAGAAACUUGCACCUUCUGGCCUUCUUGGAAUUUAAGCAGCGGCUGGAAAGGCUAGUGUACCACCCACUGGGCCACCUGUCUAAAGCCCUACUGGGGCCUCAGAAUCUGAUCAAGAAGCGUCUGGACAAACUGCUGGACUUUGAACGGGUAGAAGAGAAGCUGGCUGAAAUGGGCAGCAUGACUUAUGAAGAGGAAGCCACUAGGCACACGUACCAGGCCCUGAACUCUCUGCUGGUGUCUGAGCUUCCUCAGUUUAACGGGGUGGCCACACAAUGGCUGGGCCAGAUCUUGCACACCCUUAUGGCCCUCCAGAGGGAUCUUGCCCAGCAAGUGUUGCAGAGGGCAGAAGGAGAGCUGGCUCAGUUGCCCCACAGCCAUGUUUCUGAAUCUGACUUCAGGAAGGUGAUGGAAGACACAUUGGGCAAGACCAGUGCCCAGCUUCACUCCUUCCGCCAGAGCUUUGAGAAGGUGUUGCCAGUUCCAAUAACACAACCAUUCCAACCUGCUGCAGAAAGACAGGUACAGACCCUUCUGAGCAAGUAUGGCCCUAGCAAGCUCUACCAGGUGACAAGUAACAUCAGUGGGAGUGGAAAUCUGGCUCUGACCCUCCAGAGAGGACAGAUUGUGGCUCUCCUUCAGGACAGGGAUACCAAAGGCAAUACUAGUCGUUGGCUGGUGGAUACUGGAGGCUAUCGAGGGUAUGUGCCAGCUGGAAAACUAGAGCUGUAUCAGGUGGUCCCACCUGAGGAGCCCAGCAUGCAGGCGGGGUCAGGCGAUGGUUUCAGGUUCCCUCCAGAAGAAGCUCCCAGGGCAUCAGCCCGUGCUGUCACGCCUGUUUUUCAGGUGGUGGCUGCCUACCCAUUUGCAGCCAGGAGCAGCCAUGAAGUGAGCCUGCAGGCGGGGCAGCCGGUAACAGUCCUGGAGAGGCAGGACAAGAAGGGGAACCCAGAAUGGAGCCUCGUGGAAGUGAAUGGACAGAGGGGUUAUGUGCCCUCCAGCUUUCUGGUCCACGUUCCAAGCCCUGCACCCUGGGGUUGGAGUUUGCCCCCUUGCAACAGCCCUCCAUCACACAUGUAAUAACAAUGACAGGAGGGAGGCUGUGAAGCAUUCUCAGUCAAACAGUGUGGGUUGAAAGAGGUAAGAAGGGUCUCGGAGCAGAACACAGAGCUGGGUGGAUAUGAGACAAGGCAGUUAGAAAAUAAAACAAACCUGCUAGAUACCAUCUCCACUGCUGCUGAGGAAGGGGGAAGGGAGGAGGCAGAGGGGUGCAGAUGGUGGGAUAGGUUCUCCAGAAUGCCUCUCCAUGGAGCCUUUGUGGGCAGAGAAGGUCCAUGAGGUCUUGGCCUACUGGCCUGGAGUCACACAUUGCAAGAAGCAAUGUAUGAGAGAAAGGUAUCACAAUACUUUGGAAAGAAUGCCAGAUGUGGCAUUAGAGGAUUUGGGUUUGAAUUCUGGCUCUCCCAGUUACUUCAGGUAAGUCAGUUAUCCCCUGUGGGCCUCUGGAUCUUCAUCUGUAAAAUGAGGGGGUUGCAUUAGGUGGCCUAUGAGGUCCCUCUCAGCCCCAAACCUGUGAUACGAUGAUCCUAACAUGAAACUCUCUGCGCAGGAGCUGUGCACGUUCAGAGAUAGCUUCUUAUGUACUGGGUGGGAGCAUUGAUCCCAGGAGGUCUGUGCCUAGAUGUGAUUGAUUGGACUUAAGUUCCUUAAUUUGCGUGAUCUAUAAAAUGCCCAGCAUAUAGUAGGCUCUUAAUAAAAGCUUGUUUUAUUUUGAUUUUUAAUCAGCGUCUUGGGGGCAAAGUGGAUUAGAGUGCUGGACCUGGAGUCAGGAAGACCCAAGUUCUAAUCCAGCCUCAGACGCUUAAUAGCUGUGUAACUU